AUGUCGAUCUCCUUGCACACCCUGUGGCUUCGUCUCCUCUGCCCCGUCUUCAGCUCCACCCCUCGUGCCAUUCCAAUCUUCCUGAAAAGUGACACGUCCAGGCCAACCACAAAUGCAACUCGAAAGAAGGCGUCAUUUGACAGGGCGAAUGAGACAUCGAUGAACUUGAACACCUCCUCCUUCUCAGGUGGAACUGAUCGAUCUGGCUCAACUCGAUCCAUCUCGUUGUUGAUGUAG